AUGUUUGAUGUUGAUGUUGCGACAGAGAAACAGGCUGAUAUGUGCAGCCCGAUCUACACCACCACUCCGAGUGCGCCGGGGAAAAUGUAUCUGAAGGCGGCACUGUUCGAUACGAUCUCCUCGCCGAAGCUGGCGGUGUUCAAAGAACGACAGCCGCAAUGGGCGACAUUGACGGGGGCGGAGGGGGAGAUUUGA